CCUGGGUAUGUGGAGCCACUUUCACCAUACCCCCCCCCCGAGUGACCUAGGUACAACACCCAAUUUGACCACUAAGUGUCUCCAAAUUGUGUUAAAGUAGUAGUACAUGGAACUGUCCCCCAGAAGUAGACAUAGCGGAAAUGACAUAUAAUCAAAUAAGAAUUGGCACUUGUGACAGUCUAGCAUGCUCAGUAUAUUAUCGCUUUCAGUAUAUGUAAUCAUACAACACAUAAGUUAGUUAUAAGUUAUUCACGAUUGCACUACACAACAUUAGGGACUCUUGCAUAAACUAUCGCAAAGCUCACACACUUGCAAUCAGCAAUAUUGUGAAACUUGGUUUUAUAGAAGCUAAUAGUCCUAUGGUCAUAUGGAUGUCAAUGUAAAACAACUGGUUGAUGUCUAACGUCUUUAUGUAUAACAAAUGAAAUGUGAAGAUGUCGGUGUAUGUCUUGGAGAGUUAAAUAACAAGAUAAUUCUAGGUUAUGCGUCAGGACCAGGCCAAUGUGAGCUCCCUGCUAAUGGGGUAAUUAGGGUUGCCAGAAAGGUUGUUGUGAGUCACAGUAACGGCAAAAACUAUGUCACUGCAGUUCACAGUGACAAGGACCGGGAUGUCUUUAUAAGGACACCGGGUAGGGGUCAUCUUAAGGAUAAGAUGACGCUCUGAGUUAUGUAAGGACACGGGAAGGUUGGGCAGGAAGUCACAUGGGAUGGAAUGGGCUGGAGAAUUCUGGAAACACAUGCCCCUGGGAUGGACUUAUUGUUUCCAGAGGGACACUCCCCCACUGAAUGUACAGUAUAACAGAGGGCUGCUUUCAACAAUCACAGUUGGUUGCCGUGCUGGUUCCCGAGCUCAUGCCUAAGCUGGUUCAUAGUAGCUGCUAGAAGGCCUGCUACAAUGCUCUGGACUGCUGAGAGCAAUAUUGGACACUACCACGACUUCAUCUACCACGCAACUGGGAGAAGAUUCAGAUGAGCAUGACACACCGGCUAAAGAUACUUUCUGUGGCGCUGCCUAGAGAAGAGAAGAGAAGAGAAGAGCGGCGCCAGGAGGAACACGGAGCCAUCUACCACAGCAAUCCUCUUCCCUGCCACUCUCGGGUGCUGCUUAGAGCCACCAGAACCUCCAGGGAUCUGAUCACUCGCCGUUCAUCCCGCCUGGACUAGAAUCUUCCCCAAGCAGUGAACAAUUUCUUACUGGACUUUUUACCCUAACAUCUGGCAUCUUAAUUGGUGUAGGAUGGAGAUAUUAGCCUACGGCUUAACGCUUCCUUCUAUCUAGACUUGUGUGAGUGGAGCUCAUAGAGACACCCAAGUGUGUGACAUCAUCCAGAUAUCAGCCGUCUGGGGCCAGAGGGUCUUCAACGCCUACACCAUCCCCCGCUGUGACAUCACCGAGGGGGCCAGCAAGAUCACGGGGUUCUCCGUGGUGGACGGCGCUCUGUUCCUCCGGGGACACGUUAUGCUCACCGUACCACUCGGAAACGCUCUCACCUCUCUCAUCCACUUCCUGCGCUCUUUCUGUGGGCCUGUCUACCUGGCGGCCCACAACACAGAUCGCUUCGACACCCCCGUGCUUAUCAGGGUGCUGCGGGAGUUUUCCCUCCUGGAGGAGUUCCAGAGGGUGGUCUCCGGUUUUGUGGACACCUUGCUGCUGAGUAAAAUGCUCUUCCCAAAAAUGUACAGCUACUCCCUUGGGAACUUGGUGAGCUUCUUCCUGGGCAGGAGCUACAACGCCCACAACGCCCAGGAAGACGCCAGGAUGCUACAGGAGCUCUUUCACAAAUGGCAGCCUGACAGGAAUGCAGUGUUGAAUUGCUUGAUAUAGAAAAAAGGCAGAAAGACAUACAGCCCACCUAUGAAUUUUACUACUACUACUGCAGAUUUAUUGGAAAAAUAGGCAAUUUGUGACUAUGUCUGCAAUAUGCCGUCUGAAAUAUGCCCAUAUUUAAUGUAAUUUAUCAACAAAGUAUAUGUAUUUGUAUUGAAGUGACCGACACCCUUCCUCGUUCUGUCUGGUCGUGGAGUGAGUAGAGGCAGUGAAGAGGCGAUCUGGUGCACGCAAAACUUUAUUUUCUGAGCUCAGGAUGUCACACAGAAAACAGCGAUACAGGUAACACUGAUCUCUGGGAUACCAACACUGAUCAAGGGAUACCAUCCAUCCCUUUUAUACUCUUCUGCUAUACUUCCUGUGUUGUCUGGUUAUACACGUUAUUACGUUAUCAUACAGCUGAAGGGAUGUUUUUACUGAGAUGCAGGUCAUCAUGGCUUUUUGCUGCUUUUAAUAUCUUAAAGUACAUCCUGUCUUCUGGUUGCUAUUCGCCAAGUCACACCACAUCCCAAAACUGACCUCAGCCUAGUCAUAUAACUGUUCUAUAUAUGAAUAUAUCUAAUGAAUACAUGUUUUUAUUAAUUGAAACCCUUCAGUAUGCAUCAGCAGCUCCAAAUGAACUGAAAGUCUUUUUAAUAGCAGCAGAGCAUUUGAAUCACUGUUAAGUGUUGUUAUGAGCAAUGAGGGCUUUGAGUGUAAGCAUACGUACAGCAAAUACUGAUAAGAAUAUUCAUUUAUUGGUUUUCUUUGUGUUUAUUUACGUAUUAUUUAUUUUCAUUUUUUGUGCUGAACUCCCCUUAGCUCAAUCCUAGCCUUGAUUUGGCCCCCACUCGUACCAUGUCGGCUUUCCUCCUACCUCCCAGUCAACAGAUUAUUGCUUAUCUGUCGCCCUCUGCUGGUGGAAAACUAUAUUAGCACAUUUUUCACAUUGUUCGAACCACUCGUCCCUGUGAGGCGCUCCUCGCUUUCACAUGAGUCAAAAUAAGCCUUCAGUUUUAUUCCUGCGCUUUCCCAUUUUCCUUUCAUUUCACCUCCUCCACCCCUGUUUUUUUUGCUUCCUUUCCUUGUUCCAUCUCAUAUACUGUUUUUCCUUUCCUUUUCUCUCCGCCUCCCCCCCAAAAUAUUCACGUUCUUGCGUGCACUCUGGACGAAACAAUGGGAGGAGACAAAAGUGUUACCUCGUGAUCACAGUGUUACGACAUCAAGACUUUCAUUUUAUGGUUUUGUUUUUGCUGAAAAGUGUGCAUUUAGAGUAUUAUUGAUGGUGGCUAGCACGGUACACUGCAAGUUCCUUUCUUCUGUGACUAAUCACACUGGUUUCGAUUCCAUACUGAGUACGCCCUUGCUAUCGAUUAAUCGAUAUUUGGAUGGCUCUGGCGGCAACUCUUAAAUCAAGAAGGACAACCCCUUCUUCCGCUAAAAUAAAAUUCUAUUUGUUUUAUUUUGUUGAAAAUGAGUGUAAUGACAUAUAUUUGAUGUGUUUAUUAGAUAAAUGAAGGUUAUGUAAACGUCAACCAAAUGCUGUGUGGUGUGGUGGAUAAAAUGCAGCUGCGCCACAGAGCCAAUGACUUCAUUUCCCAUCGGUCAGCGCGACAAAAGCGAAACUAACCACGGAAUAACGGAGAAGAAUCCUGUGGAAAGAGGAAAACAACAGGCGAGUGCGGAUGUGUAACCACACAUUCUGACACAUUCUCUUCCACACAAGUGAAAGUUAACUUCUGAGCAGGUCGAGUGUUGGGUUAUAAAAGUUCGGACUUCACAUCGACUUGAGAGUGUCAGCGCAAAGACUUGACGAUGUCUUACACGGUGGUUUUCUUUGAUCUGGAGACAACUGGUUUGGACACCCAAGCGUGUGACAUCAUCCAGAUAUCAGCCGUUUGCGGCGAGAGGGUCUUCAAUGUCUACACUGUUCCCCGCUGCAACAUCACCAACGAGGCCAGCAGCAUCACGGGGUUCUCUGUGGUGGAUGGCACUCUGUUCCUACACGGUGACAUAAUGCCCACCGUCCCACUCCGCAACGCUCUCACCUCUCUCAUCACUUUUCUGCGGUCCUUCUCUGGGACCGUGUACUUGGCGGCCCACAACGCUGAUCGCUUUGAUGCCCCCGUGCUCAACAGGGUGCUGCAGGAGUUCUCCCUCCUGGAGGAGUUCCAGAGUGUGGUCUCCAAUUUUCUGGACACCUUCCUGCUAAGUAAGAGGCUCUUCCCACGAUUUUACAGCUACUCUCAAAAGUACCUGGUGCAGCGCUUCCUGGACAAGACCUACAAUGCCCACAAUGCUCUGGAAGAUGCCAAAAUGCUGCAGGAGCUCUUUUAUAAAUGGCAGCCGGGCAGGAAUGCUGUGUGGAAGUCCUUGAUAUAGAGAAAAGACAGGAAGCCAUAUAGCCCACCUGUGAAACUAUUUUUUUAAAAUUUACUUCUGUUAUCAGAUUUAUUGCAGUAUGGAAAGUCAUUUUCAUAUUCAUCAUGGUUUUUACUAAUUACCACUAUUAACAUGAAGUCCUUUUCUACGCACAUGUAUUGUUACCUCCACCAAGGAGCCAAUGUUUUAAGAGUGCUGCUGUGGUAGAGAAACCACUAAAUUUUGGUGCAGACUUGGGUAAAAGUGAAUAAAUAGCACUUGUGCUGCAUGUUACACAAUGUCUGCACUAUUCAUCAUUACACCUCAACUUUGCUAAGAGAACUUACUUUUUUUUUUAAACACAAAUGCACACAAAUAAAUGUCAUUGUGCAGUCAGUAUCACAGCAAAUUUUCUUUCCCCUGCAGUCCAAUUGUGGUGAUUCAUUUAAAAUUAUCAUUUAAAAGAUAUAUUUUCAUUAAAGUGUCAUAAUUA